CUCAUUCCUGAAAUAAAUUCAACUUGGCAGUAUUUUUUUAUCCAUAAUUUUUGUUAAGAUUUUUUUCAUUUAUGUUCAUGAGAGAUCAGCAUCUAAUUUUCUUGUCAAGCUUGGUAUCAAGGUGAUGCCAAACAAGUUAGGAAGUAUUCCUUCUUUUCUUUUUUGGAAGAGUUUUUGUAAUUUGAUAUUUCUUCCUUAAACGUUUGAGUGAAAACUCUUUCUUGUUAAUUUUAAUCCACUGAUUUUGAUAUUUAUUAGGUUUACAAGAACUAUACACUUUUUUGGGGGUGAAAACUCUUUUGAUGCAAGACUUUAGAACUAGAGUUCUAGACCUUGUUUUGGUCAACAAUGCCCUAGUAUAAGACUUAAACAUGAAAUAGUCAAUCCCUGUCAGUUUGAAUGGUCUUGUUUUUAUCCAUUUCCUCCCUUAUGCAGCACUGGCCACAUUACCUUUCCUUCUUGGCUGUGUGGGACUCUGCUAAGUCACCACACAGGAGAGCACCUAGGCCAUCUGAGGCCUGAGCCUGGUCCUCAGGACUACACUCUCCCGCUGCCAUCGGCAGCCUGCCUCAGCCAUCCCCACUGUCCUCUGACAGAAUGAGUGCCCUUGACGGUGUUCCUUUCAAGGUGCCCAAGGGCUUUCUGACCGGCACAGAGCUUCUCCCUGGGCCAGAACUCAGUGUCCCAGCCUGCAGGGAGCUUCUGCUGGGCUCUAUGUCUCUCAGCCCAUACACCUGCCUGCCACCUCUCGCGCGGGAGCCCCAGCCUCUCACCGCCCACAGAUCACACCCUGAUUCUGCUGACCUGCUGUCUGCCCUUAGCCAAGAGGAGCAAGACCUCAUCGGGCCAGUGGUCGCCCUGGGGUACCCCCUGCAUAGGGCCAUCGUGGCUCUGCAGAAGACGGGUCGUCAGAGCUUGAGCCAGUUUCUCAACUACCUUAGUGCCUGUGACCGGCUGCUGCGGCAGGGCUAUGAGGAGGGCCUGGUGGAGGAGGCCAUGGAGAUGUUCCAGUUCUCUGAGAGCCAGGCAGGGGAGUUUCUGCGCCUCUGGGAACAGUUCAGCGACAUGGGCUUCCAGCAGGACCGGAUCAAGGAGGUGCUGCUGGUCCACGGCAACCGCCGCGAGCAAGCCCUGGAGGAGCUGGUGGCCUGUGCCCAGUGACCCCUGGGGCACUCUGCAAUGCCCAGCAUCCCAGACCUGUGCUAAACCUGGCC